UUCAAUUCUAACAGGAUAUCCCAUCCUUGUCUUCAAUCCUACCAGGAUAUUUCAUCCUUCUCUUCAAUCAUACCAGGAUAUCCCAUCCUUAUCUUCAAUCCUACCAGGAUAUUCCAUCCUUGUCUUCAAUUCUACCAGGAUAUUCAAUCCUUCUCUUCAAUUCCAUCAGGAUAUCCAAUCCCCUUCUCUUAAAUCUUACUAGGAUAUUAUAUCCUUUUGUUCAAUCCUACCAUGAUAUUUCAUCCUUCUCUUCAAUCCUACCAGGAUAUCCCAUCCUUGUCUUCAAUCCUACCAGGAUAUUCCAUCCUUGUCUUCAAUUCUACCAGGAUAUUCAAUCCCCCUUCUCUUAAAUCUUACUAGGAUAUUAUAUCCUUUUGUUCAAUCCUACCAGGAUAUUUCAUCCUUCUCUUCAAUCCUACCAGGAUAUCCCAUCCUUGUCUUCAAUCCUACCAGGAUAUCCCAUCCUUGUCUUCAAUCCUACCAGGAUAUCCCAUCCUUCUCUUCAAUCCUACCAGGAUACCCUAUUCUUCUCUUCAAUCCUACCAGGAUAUCCCAUCCUUCUCUUCAAUCCUACCAGGAUAUCCCAUCCUUCUCUUCAAUCCUGAAAGGAUAAACCAUCCUUCUCUUUUUACUCCUACCAAAAUAUCCAUCCUAUUUUCCAAUUCCUCCACCAUUUUUUGUAUGGAAGUUUUUCCCAUUUCUUUACUUCAAUCCUAUUCAAGGAUAUCAAGCGUCUUCUCUGUCCAUGUUUAUUUCAGCUGAAUAUUGAACCCUGAAACCCUCAUCACCACUUAAUUGUUUCCUAGUUGCACCAUUUGUUAAAUCAUCUUCAUUGGUUCUUUAAUAUUCUUUUUUUCUCUACUCCCUUCAAUUCUCUCAUAGCACUAGGAUUUAACGAUACUUCCUUCCUUCUUCCUCCGAUUCCGUUCUAUACCAGGAUACUCUAAUACACUACUUAUCUUAAGAGGAAGGAUAUCCUAUAAUUACUCCCAGGCUGUCCCCUUCAUAUAAAUAGUUCCUAUCUCAAGUAUAUUAUGUUUGAAACUGAAUACUCCAUAAUUUUGUAAUUAUUUGAAAUUUAAACCUAGACCUACACUGAUGGUAUCAAUUAAAUACUAGAACUUCAGAAAAAUGUUUUUAAAAAACUGCUGAGCAUGGAUUGCGUGAUGUGGUUCUCAACCAAGCGGAAUUUCUAGAGAAGUUUUCAGACAAAAUAUCUUAAUUUCUAGUUGAAACAACCAUUAAAUAUAAAGUUGAUUUAGUAAAGUGCUGGCACGGUUGGGUUUAGUUUCCGUAGUGAGGAGAAGGGGAGAGCAUGAACCAGGAUGAGUAGAUGAUCUCAGAACUGAUCUCACCUUGAAUCUGGACUCAGAAAGAAUGUUGCUUUACUCGUCUUUCCAACUGUGUUCACUGGUUUAGUUAUCCACUGGAGUCAGCGCCGUCAAUACGCACAGUUACCCGUCGGCCUCGUUGUACUCCUUGACCUCAAGUACAUUUACCCAGCUGGUCAUUUCAGUAUUGAUGAAUUAGCUCUUGAAGUAAACUUGUGAAUCUGAGAUCAGUAUGAGCGGACCUAUUGACAUGAAAGUUAAUAAACUCCGUCCUAGUUACUCAAUAGAGUCCAGUGUUCAGAUUGAGGAGGACUCGGAGACACUGAACCGACGAAGCAGGUUUAGGAGAAAACUGAGAAAGUUCAACCUCACUCUUGCUCUGAAACUCUCCUUGAAAAUAGUUUUAGUUAUGCUGUAUAAUAUCUACAUUGUGUACGCUAUUCACUAUCACAAGGUGAACGGGAUGGAUAUGGAUUGGUGCGGAGGAUUAGGAUUUCUGAUAAUCAUCACAUUAAUCGUUUAUUUCUCACUCCUUUACUUCUAUAUUCUCAAACCGGGAUAUAAACGAUCCCACGUCAAGAUCAGGGUUCCGGAGAGAGCAGAGAGGGUUGUUAAACAUAGGUUCUUCAGCUACCUUGUUACACUUCUAGUGUUUGCAGCAUUCGUCGUAUUUCUGGUGGUAGAUACUGUGAAUGAUAGAUACAGGUUAGUCUCAGCUGGAGGAUUAGUUCUUAUCCUACUCCUAGGUUUCAUCUUCUCCACAUCCCGGAAAAGAGUGGUUUGGAGACACAUCAUCUGGGGGCUCUCUCUCCAGUUCAUCUUCGGCCUUCUCAUUCUACGCUGGGAGUACGGGAGAGUGUUCUUUAACUGUCUUGGGAACAAGAUUGAUACGUUCCUAGGGUUCACAGAUACAGGAUCCUCAUUCGUGUUCGGAUAUCUUGUAAACCAGAAACCAUUUCUUCCACACAAACUAGAAAACAACUCAAUAGCUCGGGAGGUUGCGGAGGAGAUAAACCGAAACCAUGCAGUAUCAACGGUGGUCGUCUUCAAGGCUCUAUCAACUGUUUAUUUCUUCAGCUUCCUGGUUUCCAUGCUUUAUUACUGGGGAGCUCUACAGUGGUUGGUUAUGAAGCUAGGAUGGUUACUCCAGGCUACAGUUGGAACUACAGCUUGUGAAUCCCUUAAUGCGUCUGCAAACAUUUUCAUGGGUCAGGCAACAGCACCGUUCCUAAUCAAACCAUAUUUGGCAGACCUAACCCUCUCCGAGAUUCAUGCUGUCAUGACAGGAGGGUUUGCGACAAUAGCUGGGACGGUUCUGGCCGCUUAUAUAAGUUUUGGUGUGUCAUCUGCCCAUUUAGUAUCCGCAUCCGUGAUGUCUGCUCCAGCUGCUCUCGCCUUUGCUAAACUAUUCUACCCGGAGACGGAGAAAUCUCGAACCAGAUCCGAGAAUAUUCAAAUUGAUCCUCCGACGGAAGCUAAUGUGUUGGAUGCAGCUACUCAGGGUGCUACUGCAGCUGGUAUCCUAGUCGUGAAUAUAACUGCAAUAGUUGUAGCUUUCAUUGCAUUUAUGACUUUUGUGAACAGUGUUGUUGGAUUCCUAGGAGACCAGGUUGGGUUGGAAAACCUCACCUUUGAUUCUAUCCUGGGUAAACUUUUCAUACCGUUAACCUUCUGUAUGGGAGUAGAGUGGAAGGAUUGUGAGAAGGUCGCAAGAUUAAUCGGAGUAAAAACAAUUCUCAAUGAGUUUAUUGCUUACCGGGAGCUGGGUAUUCUCAUCAAGGAUGGAGAGCUUUCUCCUCGCUCCGCAGUUAUUGCAACCUAUGCACUGUGUGGGUUUGCUAAUCCGGGUAGUAUUGGAGUACAGCUAGCAACCUUAUCCUCUCUGGCCCCUCAACGGAAAUCCGAUUUUUCCAAAGUUGUUUUCCGGGCUUUUAUUUCCGGAACUGCUGCUUGCUUCUUAACUGCUUGUAUUGCUGGAACACUGUUUGAUGAAUCAACCUAUAUUCCUUUUGAAUAAUCCUUAACCCUUCAUUCAUUGAUUCAAACUGAAUCAUUCUUAUUCAAAUUUAUUUUUAAAUUCGGACAAAGAUAAAACAGGGCAUUUUAUCCAUUUACUUUUAUAUUUUUUUAUAAAAGAGAUUUUUAUAAUAAAAAAACAAAAACUUACACAUGAUGUAGUGUAGAAAACUAAAACCUUUAAAAUCUUGUUUAUUUAUAAAGUCAAAAUAUUUAUAAAAUAUUGAGAAAGUAAAUAUUACUGUCAGUCAGCUCUAGAGACUUAAUCCUUGUGAUAUUCUACAAUUGUUGCGUUCAACUUGUGUUAUACUUAGUUAUAAAAUUAAUUAUAUUUUAUAUAACAUUAUAUGUAUAUUAAUGAAAUCAUGAACAAUUCACAAAUUGUUAAUGUUAUGUUAGUAAUAAAUCUAUUUGUUAAGAAUAUGAA